AUGUCUGAAGAUCAACAAAUGAAGAGGUUUCCAGAGUCGUAUCAUCAUUUCAAUAUGGAACCAGAAGAUUCAUUCGAUUACCUUUUCAAAAUUGUAUUGAUUGGAGAUAUGGGCGUUGGUAAAACUUGCAUUGUUCAGAGGUAAAU